UUGGAAAAUUUGUUAUAUUCAUCUUGAAGCGAGUCGUUCAGUGAACUGGUCAUAGAUAACAAUUGAAAUAUGGUUCCAACUCCUGGUAAAUAUCAAUAUGUCAGAGAUAAUUUUCCGGACUUCCUGAUGAAAAAAGGUGUUCCAGCUGAUAAAAUCAAAGCAUACAAACCUCCACUCUCUCUAAAAAUUGACAUUGAAGGUGAGAAAUAUACUAUAACGAAAACGUUUGACGAAGGAACACAUACCAUGCAAUAUGUUGUUGGACAACAAGUGGAAGAUCACUGGCCAGGUUUGGUCUUGAAGAGUCUUCCAAAACUGGACAAAAACGUGCUGAUAAUAGAAUCCAGAGAUGAGAAAGGAGUCAUAAGAACCAGAAAUUACUCCUUCGUAAAGGACGGUGUGGAAGUCACACUCAAAAGUCCCGACGGAUUAGAGGGAAAAACUUUUUUCGAAAAAGUUUGACACGCACCAUUGCUUCUUCUAAAAUCAUCGUGUUCAUUUCAUCAUCCAAUCGAGAUGAAAAUUUGUCACAUAUAGUGAAGACUGGCUAUAAAUCAAAUCAUCUGAAGGAACAAUUCGUUCAGGUCAAUCUCGACUCGCUUCACUGUAGGUUGAUAGACUGACAAGUAUCAGAAAACGACUACUCUCCUAGCUAACACCAUGAAGGGCGUUGGAUUAUAUCCAACAGGUGUCAGUGCAGGAAUCUUCACUGAAGUAUUUCCUGCAUAAUUCCUGCAGUUCAUUAACCUACACUUUAGGAAGUUGAGAAUGACCUAAAGGAAUUGUUCCUCUAGAUUUAUGAUAGAUCUGGGUAGGACCAAGAAGAUCUGGGAAAGAAAAGUUCGAAUCAACCUCCCAUCAUGGGAGAAAGUAUUUUGAUCAUUGGAGUUUCAGAUUUCUUGUUCGAAUCAAUUAUUUAUGGAGUCUUUAAAUUAUGGAAAUUGAGGAGGUGUUCUAUAUUUUUCACAAUAAAAUACUUUCGAAAAUA